AUGGCUCCGACAAAGAAAGACGCGGAGAAGGAAGCGAAGCUGACACCAGAGCAAUCCGCGACCAUGAUACUAGACUACCUACGCAAGCAGAACCGGCCAUACAGUGCUACAGACAUAAGCACGAACCUCAAGAAUCGCGUCACGAAGGCGGCUGCUGCUAAGCUGCUCAAGGACAUGCAUGAGAGGAACGAGAUUGAGGGUCGCGCCGCCGGCAAGCAGCUCGUCUAUCAUGCUAUCCAGGACGCAGCAGACGAGGCCGGGCUGGAGAGGCUUCAGGAGAUGGACAUCGAGACCACGCGCUUACGGGAAGAGACCAUCGCGAUGAAGGCUGAGGAGAAGGAGCUUCGGGCCGCACUUCGCGAGGGAGCGUCCCAGGUGCCUUUGUCAGACCUCAGGAGCUCGGUGGUCUCGCUUGAGCAGGAGAAGGUAGAUUUGACAGCACGCUUGGCCAAGCUCCAGAGCGGCAACGUCAAGCCCGUGAGCGCCGAAGAGCGGAACAAGACCAAUGCGGAGCACAAGAAAUGGCAGAAGAUUGCGAGUGACCGUAGAAAGAUCCGUAACGAGAUGUGGGCGGAGAUCGCUGGUAUGGUGGAGAGGGAGAAGAUGGAGGAUAUCAAGGAAGCUCUGGAUCUUAGCUUGUGA